AUGAAUGACUUGCUAGGCACCGUGGUGGGGGGCGCCAACGGCGCGGGGCGCGGCGACAUUGAGGCGGGGAUGCCGCCGCCCGCGGCAGCGCCCGCCGCCACCGCUGACUCGGGCGACAAGCACAUGGACGACUUCUUCAAGGAGGUGGCGGCCAUCAAGGGCAUGAUGGCCGACAUCCGGCGCAACCAGGGUCGGCUGCAGGAAGCGCACGAGCGCAGCAAGAUGGUGACUCGCAGCGAGGAGAUGAAGAAGCUGCGGGAGCAGAUGCAGGAGGACAUCAACGCGGUCAGCAAGUCUGCAGAUACCAUCAAGAAGCGCCUGGCUGAGCUGGACCGAGGCAACGAGCAGUCUCUCAAGCGCAAGGGGUGCGGCCCCGGCAGCAGCAGCGAGCGCACGCGCACCGCCAUCACGGGAGCCCUCAAGAAAAAGCUGAAAGACCUGAUGGGGGAGUUCCAAGACCUGCGGUCACGCGUGCAGGCAGAGUACCGGGAAGUGGUGGAGCGGCGGAUGUACACGGUCACGGGGCAGCAUGCCGAGGAGGAGGAGAUUGAGAAGAUGAUUGAGACGGGCGAGAGCGAGAUGAUCUUCCAGAAGGCCAUCCUGGAGCAGGGGCGGGGGUACGUGAUGGACACGCUGGCAGAGAUACGGGAGCGGCGCGACGCGGUGAUGGAGCUGGAGCGCAGCCUCAUGGAGCUGCACCAGAUCUUCCUGGACAUGGCGGUGCUGGUGGAGGCGCAGGGGGAGAUGCUGGACAACAUCGAGGCACAGGUGGCCAAGAGCGUGGAGUAUGUGCAGGCGGGCACCACGCACCUGGUGGCCGCCAAGCGGCUGCAGAAGAACACGCGCAAGUGGAUGUGCGUCGCGCUCAUACUGCUGCUCAUCAUCGCGGCGGCCAUCGCCAUCCCCAUUGCCAUCAAGCUGGCCUGA